AUGCAAUACUCAUUCUCAUUCUCUCAACUUGUUACUUUGGGCCUGCUAGUAUCAGUGCCUUUGGCUUCUGCCUACCCAACUGCCACUGGUUCUGACAUCGCCGCUCGAGAUCUCCCAGUUGUUGCAAGACAUCACACAGAGGCACAGAUUGCUGCCAAGAAGAACAAGAAUGGCCGUGAUGUAGAAGCCAUUGAGGCCCGCCAUCACACAGGUAAAUACCACUUCUGA